AUGACACUAAUAAAUGCUACUUUAUCUCCAUCUGCCCCAGCAUACGUUGUCGGCAGUACCUCUUCGAAGGAAAUUUGGGACACUCUGGAGAAGCAUUAUUCAUCAAGCUCACGCACUAAUGUUGUUAAUCUCAAAUCUGAUCUUCAAUCCAUAUCCAAGAAAGUCGGUGAGUGUAUUGAUGAUUAUGUAAAACGUAUCAAGGAGGUUAAGGACAAAUUAACAAAUGUCUCUGUAGUUGUCGAUGAUGAGGAUCUGUUAAUUUACACUUUGAAUGGUUUACCGUCUGCGUAUAAUGUCUUUCGCACAUCUAUGCGUACUCGGUCUCAAUCCGUUACUUUUGAUGAACUUCAUGUUCUUAUGAAAUCGGAGGAAGUUGCUUUGGACAGGCAGGUGAAACGAGAUGAUUUGUUUUCUCAAAAUACUGCUCUCUUUGCAGUUCCAAAUCCAUCUCACAUGGCUCCUGUUUAUAACUCAAAUAGCUCUCGUGGUAAAGGAAAUCAGGGUCAUGGUCGUACUAUUGGAAAUCAAGGCCGUGUUCGAUUUUAUUCUACAUCCUAG